CUCUUAGGUUGCUGUUUCUGCCAAGCUAAGUGUACUUAGUGACAUGGCAGACUUGUUAUUGUACUUAACCAAUGUUAACGUUUCCUUGGGACGAACUAUGGAAGCUGAUAAGAGGCCAGAAGGGGCGGAAGACGUGGAGAGAGUGGAGAUGGGCAUCUCAGGGGACAGGAAGGGAAGAGUUAAGCUUCCCCGCAGAACCAUCCACUUUGCUAGUGGUGAGACAAUGGAGGAGUACAGCACUGAUGAAGAGGAAGAAGAGCCCGUGGAGGAAAAAGUGGUUACUGUGGAUGCGUCAAAUCUGACCUGGGGACCAUACUUGUGGUUACACAUGUGGAGAAUGGCCACCUCAACUAUCUCAGUGUGUGACUACAUGGGAGAAAAACUUGCCUCUCUUUUCGGUAUUACCGCUCCUAAAUACCAGUACGCUAUAGACGAGUACUACCGCAUAAAGAAAGAGCAGGAGGAAGAGGAGGAGGAGAACCGUCUGGCUGAUGAGGCGGAGCGUCAAUUUGCAGAGCAGCCGAGGAGCGACAAGAAGGAUCCUGCGCCGCUUACCAUUGAGCAGCCUGAAGCAUUAGGAGCAUCCUUUUUAAAUGCUUCCUUUGACCACAAGCCUGAAGCACCUCUCAACCCUCCCGACAACAGAACACCUUGUCCUCUCCCCACCUGACAACACAAACACUCUUAUUUGCAACUAGGAUGAAUGCUAAUGUACUUGUAAUCAUUAUUAAUAAUAAUAAUAGUUAUUUUUUUAUGCUCGUAUUUUGUUAAAACAGGAUUCCGUAAUCGGUGCAGGAAAAAAGACGAUGUUUCUGCAUUGGCAUUAGCAUCUGUGAUUUGUGGAGACUAGAGCUGGAUUUUUAUAACACAAGGAUAACGGUAACGGAAAUACAAGAUUGCAAUCCAUUUCAGAAAUAUCAGUGCCUAUAUACUGUCUAUGCAUCUUGACUAUAUGAUGUCAUCCAUUCAUCCACAGGAUUUCAGUUUUUUAAUCAGAUUUUCAUUUCAAAAUAAAGCUGCGUCUUAUCAUU